UUGGCUACAGUACAGUGUUCAACAUGUACGCUAAGGGGAAGGGCUCAUCGGUGCCCUCCGAUGCGCAAGCCAGGGAAAAAUUGGCGUUAUAUGUGUACGAAUAUCUUCUACACGUUGGUGCCCAAAAAGCAGCACAGACCUUUCUCUCUGAAAUAAGAUGGGAGAAAAAUAUCACUCUAGGGGAGCCGCCGGGGUUCCUCCAUUCGUGGUGGUGUGUGUUCUGGGACCUGUACUGUGCGGCCCCGGAGCGUCGCGACACCUGCGAACACUCCAGUGAGGCCAAGGCCUUCCACGACUACGGAUUUGUAAAUUCAGGUUACAGCGUCAACGGUAUCGCUCACAAUGCUGGGCCCACACCAUCGCCUCUUGGCCAGAUGCCUCCCAGCGACGGCAUGGGUCCAGCCGGCCCUAUGCCCCCGGGCUUUUUUCCGACGCCGGGCAUGAGGCCAUCCCCAGGUCCCAACCCCCCCUCUCAGGCCUCCCCCCACCCCCCAGGGGGGCCGGGAGGCCCAGGAGGGCCGGGGGGGAGCCCCAUGCACAUGAAUCCGCAGCCUUUCAUGUCACCUCGAUAUCCAGGUGGGCCUCGGCCUGGGGUGAGAAUGCCUCAGAUGCACAGUGACUUCACUGGGCCUCCAGCGCAACCUAUAAUGCCCAACAGUAUGGAUCCCACUCGUCAAGGAGAUGGAGACUUUGUUGGGUGGCAAGGUCCUCCCGGAAUGAAUCCACGAAUGACUGGUCCACGGGGGCCAGCCAUGGGCCCUGGACCUGGCAUGGGCCCCAUGGGUCCUGCAGCAUAUGGUCCAGGCAUGAGAGGACCACCACCUAACAGUAUUGGUCCAGGACCUGGUGGACCAGGAGGCCCAGGACCAGGGGGUCCUGGGCCAGGGAUGCCGGCAAUGAGCAUGGGAGGACCAGGCCCUAGACAACCAUGGACGCCAAACACAUCAACCCCAAUGAGUUACUCGUCAUCCUCGCCUGGAACCUACGGCGGCAUGAUGGGUCCGCCUGGCACUGGAGGUCCCCCUGGUCCCGGCACUCCCAUCAUGCCCAGUCCUCAAGACACAACCAGUAGUGGGGCCGAUGCCAUGUUUCCUAUGAUGAAGCCAGUACCUGGAGGAGGCAUGCCAGGGGACUUCCCUCUGAGUAGUGGUCCAGAUGGACCCAUGGGUGGGCCAAUGGGGCCAAACACCAUGGGCCCUGUCAUGAAUGGUGAUGGCCUAGAUGGCAUGAAGAAUUCUCCUGCUAAUGGUCCUGGCACGCCGCGGGACGAUGGGGGUGGUAUGGGGGACUACAAUUUAGGAAGCUUCGGGGGCCCACCGGAGAGUGACCAGAAUGAGUCUGCUGCCAUCCUAAAGAUCAAGGAAACUAUGCAAGAAGAAGCAAAGAGAUUCGAAAAGGACGUUCCACCGGAUCAUCCAGACUACUUUAUGCCGUGACGUGACCCUUUCCCAUCCCCACUUUACCCUGUGAAAUAGCUCUCUGCUCCCACUGAAACUGACAUGGCAUUAGUCUGGGGCUGACAUUCCUCUCAUCCCUAGCUGCUGAAGACUUGCAUAGCUCAGUUAUGAGGGCAAUGUGCGAGUGCAGUCAAGACUGUGUCCUCACAGUAACACUACGCCACAACUUUAUAGUGAUGUGAUUCUGUGUGCGGUGGAGUGACGAUGGGACAACGGGUCCUAAACAGACUUUUGAGGAACUGGUGAAUCAGCCCUCAAUACAACUAUUAAGUGAAUCAAAACUUAAAAGCUCCAGUAAUGGAGUGCUAUCCUACAGUGAAAUUUGAAAUGUGAUUAGAAACACUAGUGAUUUCCUUUACAAAGUCGGAAAGGCAGAAUGAGCACUUGGAGGAAAUGGGUAAAUGUUUGACUUCUUGCAUAGACCAAAACUGAGAGAAGUGGAAAACUGGCUCUGAUUUCUGCUGUUUGAUGAUAAGUCUGUUGUGUCAUUCAUUGUGCUUUCUAUGUGAAUCUUGUAGGAAACAAAAUUACUGUUAAUAUUAUUUGAUAUGUUUUCUGAAUUUCAUUAAUUUUAAAAAACCCAAGAUCCAUAACCUCAACAGCAGUGUCAGGAGACUAGGGCAGCCAGGGUAAGAUGGAGAUGUAGAUAUUUUCAUAAACCGUCAUUGCUCACGGGUGGUGUCCGCUCGCCUCAACAGGACAACCAGUGCUGCCUGUCUCCUGGCGGAACCUUUCCAGGAAUGCCCACAGUUUUCUCGUUUCCAUGAGAAAACUCCUCUCUCUCAGUCCCAGGCACCAGCAGUCCCCCACACUACUUCCAACAUCACCCUGGGAUGUGCCCCUGGGAUGGAUUGGAAAUAUCCCCAGGGUGUUGGCCCAGAGCCAGCUGGAACCUACUCACCUAGGGCCUGGCACCCAUGUACAAAUCCCCCCAGCCUGGGACCUCUGGGACCUGGCACGUGAUCUGCCCUCCACAUGUGCGAAAGACAGAAAUGUCUGUUCUCACUAGUAUUACUCAGACUAUUCUGGCCUCAGGCCCAACUCAUGUAAUAUCAGAUGGGAAGUCUUUUAUUCAGACUACUUUGUGUUAGCUUAUCUACCAGACAAAGUGAUGACCUGUCUCUAUUCUGUACAGAUCUAUCCAAGUGUUGUAGAUGUAGAAAUAAUUUAUUAUUUGUCAUGUCCAAAUCUAUCACUUUUAUCUUUCUUCUAGACUCCCUAUGUUAAACUGUUUUAAUCACAAUGACCACCCCCCACCCCUCUGUCCAUGACCCAACACUACCAUUUUUACCUUUUCUCUCACCACCACUAUCACCACCACCUCACCACCACUACCACCACCACAACCUCACCACCACCUCACCACCUCACCACCACACCACCACCACCAUAUGAGAAGUACGAACACAAAACCUUUGGUCUAGCAGUAUGGUUUACGUUACUGCUGUCCAUUCAACCAGCGCCAAAUGUAAAUCACUGAUGACUUUUGCCCAAGGUACACCACCACCUCCAGAACAUCGUCACACUGGGGGUUGACCUGGUAUUGCAUUCUAGGUUUAAAGCAUUUUUAUAUAUCUGAUUUAGGUGAUCCAUAAUAAUGACAACUUAUCAGAUCCAUCCUCCUCACCUUGCACAAAUGAGAAACUCCUGUCUUCAGUGCUAUAUGUACCUUCUGUUUGAAUUAAAUGUUCCUGUCUAUGGAAUAUGUUAACACAAAAUUUUGUAAGCUAUGUGUCACAAAUGAAUCAGAUUUAAAUGGAUUCCUUUUUUUACCAUUUUCCCUGUAGCAAAUACCUUAAUUAGGAAAAUAAAAAUAAAAAAAGGGAAGUUCCUUGAGGACUGAAGUACAUGUAUUAUGAAAGUAACCAUUGUAAGGUUCAUCAUUGCUUCUAAAUAUCCUCAUUUGCAAGAUCUAAGAUAUAUUACAAGUGACCUGACUGAAAUUGUCAAAUAACAAUACAAUGGAUCAGAUUUCAGAUUUCUCUGUUGAGAUUGUUCAAGGUAAAGAAAAAAAAACAUUAUAACUGCAUCAACCAUUACACAAACAUAUAUGUACUUCAUCUUUACAGGAACUAUUACCUCACAUCAGGGAAAUACCAGAACCUAUACCCAACAGAUGUCAGCUGAAAUGGUUAUUUCUGAUACUAAGGAAUGGACUUGGUGAAACCCUGAGUGUGUGUUGCUCUGGUGGUGUGGUUGCUUGGCCCAGUUUGUCUGUUUUGACCAAGACCCCUUGUACAGUAGAAAAUAGCAAAUAUAUUAUGUGUAGCAAUUUUCAAUAAAAUGGCUAAGGCAAUAAGACAAUUACCAUUAGAAUUAUCCCUCUCACAUUUAUACCUGUAGUUUAUAUGAUACACAUGUACAGUAAAACAAUUCUUAUUAUGAGGGAAAGGUCUGAUCCAAAUAAAUACGAGACCAAUUUUCACAUUUUCAAUAAUAACUC